UAUUCUAAGCCGUGGAGGAAUAGGAAAACGUGGUUACACAGAAGCGCUGGGUGAGAUGGAUGAUUUCUUUCUUGUUCACCUUCCCGUCGCUUGUUCUUCCCUGCUUAGAAAAUUUCUGUUAAAGGAGGAGGACGAGAUGAAUAUGAGCAAGAGCGACUUUUCCACCACCUGUCUCCUCAAAAAGGCCUUCAUCGUGCGUUCCAUUCAAGAGGGAAUCGCCAAUGGAUCAGUCGCUGAAGAGAUUCUUGAUUCUUUGCUACUAAUCGAACAAGUCGACCGCAAGCAGGGCCUCCCCGUCUUUGACUCUAUGAAGUCUGCCUUUUGCGCCGUUGCUGUCCACUGCACUCUAGCGUCCUUGACCCGCUCUUGGCCCUGUUAUUACGACUCGAUUCUGAGGAUUUGGAGAACCCGAAUUCGAAUUUUGGAGGAUUCCGCGAGCAGCGAACUCGUUGGGCCUGAUUUAGACAAGUGGAGAAAGGAAGUCGAAGCCGCUCUUUGGGAUUCCGAGGCGUCUCAGAGGUUGUUGCGGAUCAAUACUCGCGAUGACGCCUUGCGCUGUCUUAGGGUUUUCGUUGAGGAGGCCCGGUCCUCGAUGAAGCCGGCCUUCCUUCAAUUGACAUUGGCUGCUGCUCAAGCCAUUUGUCGUCCUCACCGUGGCACUGACAAAGGGAAAGGGAUUCUGAGAGUGAAUCCACAAAGAAGAUGCAAGCUUGGUGUUCCCCACAGGCACUAUAAAGUACCUGUUGAAAUUGCUGACUCAAAGGAGGAGCAGCAACCGUCUUACAGCAAAUUUGCCUCCUUGUCAACUUCUGAAGUUAACAAAGUGCAAGAGGCACUUAAAACCAGUACAGCUGACUUGCUAGCUGUAGUAACUGAUCCCCUCCCCAAAGUCUUAGAAGUGGCUGAAAAGGUUGCAUCUGAAAGGGCAGGGAAAACCUUGCGUUCUGAAGCCAUUCUGGAAGAUGGAAAUAAGAAUAAAGAUGUUCCUGCAACAUCUGUCAAUCCUACUAUGGCAUCUGCUCAAGCUGAGAGGGUAGCAUCUGACACAGGAGGGGAAAAUUUGCGUGCUGAGGCCAUUGUGGAAGACCACAGUAAGAAGGGCAAGAGGGUUCCUCCCCCAUCUGUCAAUCCUACUAAGGACAAGAGUGAUCCUCCUUCAUCUGUCAAUCCUACUACAGAACCUGCUCUAGCUAAGGAGGGCAAUCAUGAAAGGCAAGCUUCCAUCCAUCAGAAUGAAGCUCCUAGACCUAGCUUAAUGGAAAGGAAUGGGACUGCUCGCACUUAUGAGUGGGAGGAUUCAAUUGAUGGCUCUUCUCAAGAAUCAUCUGGUGGUUCAACCAGAUGUCGCUUACCCAGUCCUAAGAUAAAGCCUGCAUCUCCACUGAAGGAGUAUGAAAACAAAAAGUGGGUAAGGAGGAGAAAAAUACACAGGUGGAGCUUACAUGAAGAAGAAGUUCUGGCAGAGGCUGUGCGCAAGUAUGGAUCACAUUGGGCUCAAAUUUUAAGAGCCUAUCCUCUAGAGUUUGUAAAUAGAACUGCAGGUGACCUUAAGGACAAAUGGAGAAAUAUGACUGGAAAAUGAUGCUUCUGAUCAUACUUGUGCUACUUUUUGAGUUUUACAUAUGUAAGGAGUUAACCGUUGUUUUUUGUAAAGGAAUGUAACUGUCACCACUUCAGGACAUUUUGAAAGUGGUGUGUACAUCAGGGUUAACAUUUUGAGGUUUAGGGCCAUUGUAUUGUAUUUGAUAUGUAACAAGUUAAGUUAACCGAUGCUUUUUGUAAAGGAAUGUAACUGUCGCCACUUUUAGACUUUUUGAAAGUGGGGUGUACUGCUGAGUGCAAGUAUAAGUAGGUUUAACAAAUGGGAAAGGUAUAUUACUGCAGUGGAAUGUUUAAAGC